UUCUAGCCCGCAGCUUCAAUUCGAUGAUCACGCCCUCUCCGUUGAAGUGCAUUAGAGGGUAAACAUGGAUGGGAGCGCAGGAUCAAGCAAGAAGAGUAAAAAGAGCAAGGAGUCCAAAUCACUUGGGGAUAUUCAGCAUGAAGCAGAUUUCCUGAUCAAACCGGAAUCGGCAGUAGCCAAACUCGAGACGGCCCACUGGCCCUUGCUUCUAAAGAACUAUGAUAAAUUAAACAUCAGAACGGGGCAUUAUACACCAUUACCCAAUGGUUGCUCACCUCUCAAACGGGAAAUCAAGGAUUAUAUCUCGAGUGGUUUCAUCAACCUUGACAAGCCCGCCAAUCCUUCAUCUCAUGAGGUCGUGUCAUGGAUCAAGAAGAUUCUCAGGGUCGAGAAGACGGGUCACAGUGGGACCCUUGACCCCAAGGUCACCGGCUGCCUCAUCGUCUGUAUAGAACGAGCCACACGAUUGGUCAAAUCACAGCAGAGUGCAGGCAAGGAAUAUGUCUGCAUAGUCAGGUUACAUGAAGCUAUUGAAAACCAGUCAAAACUAGCCAAGGCUAUUGAAACGUUGACAGGAGCACUGUUCCAGAGACCGCCUUUAAUAUCAGCCGUCAAACGACAACUUAGAGUGAGGACAAUAUACGAAAGCAAACUCAUCGAAUACGACCCACAAAGACAUUUAGGUAUUUUCUGGGUGAGCUGUGAAGCAGGAACCUAUAUCAGGACACUAUGCGUUCACCUUGGACUCCUGUUAGGGGUCGGAGGUCAAAUGGCAGAACUCAGGAGAGUGCGAUCCGGUAUUCAGUCAGAAAAGGAAGGGUUGGUGACGAUGCACGAUGUCAUGGAUGCCCAGUGGGUCCAUGACAACCAUAAAGAUGAAGGUUACCUCAGGAGAGUCAUCAAGCCGAUGGAAGCCUUGCUUACAGGUCACAAGAGAAUAGUACUCAAAGACAGCUCGGUGAAUUCUGUCUGCUACGGAGCCAAGGUCAUGCUUCCCGGCGUCCUCCGCUUCGAGGACGGAAUCGAGAUCAACUCGGAGGUCGUGCUGAUGACCACCAAGGGAGAGGCCAUCGCUCUUGGCAUCGCAUUGAUGACCACUGCGACCAUGGCCACGGUUGACCAUGGUCUGGUGGUCAAGCUGAAGAGGGUCAUCAUGGAGAGGGACGUGUACCCCAGGAAGUGGGGCCUCGGGCCAAAGGCGAGCAUGAAGAAGAUGAUGAUCAAGCAAGGGAAGCUGGACAAGCAUGGCAAACCAAACGCAGACACUCCCAAGGAUUGGGUCAAAGGCUAUGAAGACUACAGUGUGAAGAAAGAGCCAGUGGAGGAAGAGAAGCCUGUAGUGGAGACGCCCGUCAAGAAGCGAAGGAGAGAAUCGAGUACCUCGAGCACCGAGGCUCCUCCAGUCACGCCCAGCGGGGAUGCGUCCGCUGUUAAGGAGAAGAAGAAGAAGAAAAAGGACAAGAAAGUGAAGGAAGAAGUAGUGGAAGAGGAGACGAUGGAAACAUCAGUCGCAGAGAUGCCUAAAUCAGAGAAAAAGAAGAAGAAAAAGAAAAUGAAGUCUGAACCAGAGGCAGAGGAGGAAGAAGAGAUGGUGGAAGAAACAGCAGCUGAGACACCAAAAUCAGAGAAGAAGAAAAAGAAAAAGAAGAUCAAACUCGAACAGGCAGAAGAGGAGGAAUCACAGGAAACAGUAGUUGAGACCCCAUCAUCGGAAAAGAAGAAGAAAAAGAAGAAAAAGAAGGAGAAGGCGGAAGACGACAGCUGAAAAAGGGUUCUUUUAUUUUUCUACAAACUGUGCCUGAGAGGCAAGUCACCCAUUACCUUGCAUUUGGAAGAUUCAGGGAAGUAUUGCUUCAGGGGAGCAAUCCAUUCAAGGACUUGAUAGACGUUUUAUCUGACGAAGUAUGUUCUAUGUGAUAGUUAAAGUAACGAUGCUACUCGACUUAUAAAAACCAAGGCAACUUGUCAGAUCUGACGACUUGUUGGAUGACAAAUGUUGGUGAAAUGCUCACCAAAUUGUGAAAGGACCUGCUUUCACUGUCCUCCGAUCUCUGUAAGACGGAUGUUUGCAAUGGAUCACAAAAUAGCAAUGAUUAAUUGAGAUCCUUCAAUGUACCCUAAUUCAUAAACCAGAAUCACCCUUCACAUUUUUUGGGGCUCAGCCAGUCAUAUUGUCCUACCACUGACAUCCAUUGGCUGCCUCUGUGCAUUCUUGAGCCAUGUGAUUGAUUUGUGUGACUUUACCAUGUGAUGUGGUGGGGGAAAUCCUGAUAGUGAUCAUUAUUGUGAAUAUACAGUUCAUUGCAUGAUUGCUACUGCGGGUGUUUCACAAAGAUUUAAGCGUGAAGUAGAGUCCGAGUUAAAUUUUAGUUGCAUGUGCUAUAGAAGGCAUCAACGCAUUGGUCAGAUCAUGCUAGGAGGAUGGGCAGUAUUGCGAUUAUUUAACGAUAAUAUUGCAUGUCACAUAUCAUGAGCACGUCUGCAUUUGACCAUGCUCCAAGUCACACUUGAACUCUUAUGUGAAACCCCCCACUGGGCCCUGUUGCAUAAAAAUUGCUAUUUCAGUAACUUUUCCAUCCAACGCAUUGGUCAGAUCAUGCGAAGAUGAUGCGCGGUAUUGCGAUUAUUAAACGAUAAGAUUGCGUGUCAUAUGAGCACGUCUGCAUUUAACCAUGACUCCAAGUUACACUUAAACUCUUUGUGAAUCACCCCAAAGGCACUGUUGCAUAAAAAUUGCUAUUUCAGUAACUUUCCAUCCAAAGGUAACUACCAUGGUAGCGAUGCUAAUCAGCCAAUCAGAAUCAAGGAUUCCAUUACAGAUACCAUUAGCUUGCAAAGAUACCAUAAUAGUAGCUUUUAUGCAAUAAUCCCCUGAUCAUAAAUCUUGAGUCCACUUUGGAUGUUUGGUAGAACUUGUUACUGAGUAACUUUAUCCUGAUUUCAAAUUUC